CUUUGACAAGCAAAGAAGGAAUAAUAAUUUUUUUAAUUAAAUCUGUUGCAUUUUUGGGAGAAUAAGUUCUUAAUUGUUUAAUAAUUCAUUGCCAUUUGUACAAAUUAUUUAUAGAUAUUUAAAAAAAGCUUAGAAAAUAGAAUUUCUGUGCGAUGAACGAACAGUUUUGUGGAAGUGUGUUUUGGGACACUGAAUUGUCAUGGUCAGCAACAAAUCCAGAGUUAACAUUUUGCUUUAAGAAUUCAGUUUUGAUUUGGGCACCAUGUGCCUUUCUAUGGAUAUUCUCACUGCCAGAGUUUUAUCGAAUACGAAAAAGUAGAUAUUCUAAUAUUCCAGCAUCGUUCCUUAAUAUCACAAAGCUCUUAAUUGUGAUACUGUUGAUUCUGCUGUCAACAAUAGACUUAGUUUUUAUGAUAUUGCAUAGGAUGAAUGAGGAUGCUGUGGAAGAAAUUUAUGAUGUUCAAUUUGUGUCAACAGGAAUUAAAAUUGUGACAUUUAUUUAUGUCAUUAUCAUAGAGCAAUAUCGUAAAAGGAAAGGCCAACGUACAUCAGCUCUUUUAUUCCUAUUUUGGCUAAUUCUAUCCGUUUGUGCUGCUCCACAUAUUCUAUGGGAAGUAAACAAUUUCAAUAUAGACUUUGAGGAUGAUGAGCGAUUAUGGGCAUCGUAUCAUUCAAUCAGUUACAUAAUCUACUUUACAAUGAUUUCCAUCAUGACUGUACUGACUGCAAUUAUUGAUAAGGAACCGGAAAAUUCAACAUAUCAGAAAUAUGCAAAUCCAAGUCCCGAAUUGAAUGCUGGAGCGUUAAAUUUAUUCUUUUUCCAAUGGUUUUCACCGACAACAUGGAAAGGAUUUAAAAGACCACUGACAGAGGAUGAUAUUUAUGACGUAAAUCCUGAUUAUGCUUCGAAUGAAGUGAUUCCUGAAUUUGAUAAAUAUUUUCAACAAAGUAUCGAGAAGGAAAGAAGAAAAUCAGCUAAAAGUAAGGAUCCAGAAAAAAUUGAUCCACCAGAAACAAAUGGAUCAGUAAUAUAUGCCUUAGUCCGUGCAUUUGGUGGAAGAUAUUUGUUUACAAUUUUCUUAAGAGCUAUUGCUGAUUUUAUACAAUUUGCAUCGCCAUUUCUGCUCUUAAUUUUGAUGCAAUAUGUCGAAGCAAAUGGAGCUUUAUGGAAGGGAUUGUUACUUACAUUUACAUUCUUCUUCUUAUCUGCAAUUUCUGCCUUAAUUAAUAAUUAUCAGUAUUUGAUUGCCUUUCAAGUUGGAUUUAAAGCAAGAACUUCACUUAUUGGUGCUGUUUAUCGAAAGGCUCUGAAAAUUUCUAGUGCUGCAAAAAAGGAUAUAACAAUUGGAGAAAUUGUAAAUUUAAUGUCUGUGGAUGCACACAGAUUUUAUGAAAUGAUGCCUUAUUUACCUUUUGUGGUGACGAUGCCUUUUGUGAUGGGCUUGGCUAUGUACCUCUUAUGGACUGUCUUAGGUGUUUCAGCCUUUGCUGGUCUCGCAGUUCUAAUUAUCAUGUUCCCAUUUUCGGGGGCAAUAGCUACUCAAUUACAAAAAUAUCAAGCAAAUCAAAUGCAGUACAAAGAUGAUCGAGUUAAGAAAAUCAGUGAAAUCUUAGGUGGCAUCAAAGUCAUCAAAUUUUAUGCAUGGGAGCAAAGUUUUCAGGAACAAAUUAGUGAAACCCGUGAAAGUGAACUGAAACAUCUUCGAGGUGCAGCUUUAAUGACAGCAAGCACAGAUUUUCUUUGGACAUUAACUCCAUUCAUGAUCACAUUAGCGACAUUUGCAACUUAUGUGUUUCUUGGAAAUGUUUUGACUCCAAGUACUGCCUUUGUAUCAAUUGUUCUAUUCAAUAUCCUGCGAUUGCCAAUAACAUUGCUUCCAAUGUCAAUAAAUUUCAUUAUGAUGGGUAUUGUGUCAACGAGGCGAUUAAAUAAAUUUAUGAACUCAAAGGAACUGGAUCCAACAAAUGUCACAAAUUAUCCGAGUGAAUUUGCACUUCAAAUAAUAAAUGGCAAUUUCUCGUGGGAUGGAAAGGACAAAGCAUUAAAAGGCAUUAAUUUGAGUGUCAAGAAAGGAAAUUUAGUGGCAGUUGUAGGUCAAGUUGGAUCCGGUAAAUCAUCACUAAUAAGUGCCUUACUUGGUGAUAUGGAGAAAAUUGAAGGACAAGUAAAUGUUGACGGAACAAUUGCGUAUGUUCCACAAGUAGCAUGGAUACAAAAUGCAACUUUACAGGACAAUAUUUUAUUCGGAAAGCCACUGAAUGAAAAAUAUUACGAAAAAGUUAUUCAAGCUUGUGCCUUAACAGCUGAUUUAGCAAUGUUACCGGGAGGAGAUAAGACAGAAAUAGGCGAGAAAGGAAUAAAUCUAUCAGGUGGUCAAAAGGCAAGAGUAUCUUUAGCAAGGGCUGUUUACAGCAAUGCAGAUAUUUAUAUCUUUGAUGAUCCUUUAUCAGCUGUGGAUUCUCACGUUGGCAAGCACAUUUUUGAUAAUAUUUUCGGCGAGGAGGGAUUAUUGAAGGAUAAAACAAGGUUUUUGGUCACGCAUGCAAUUUCGUACUUACCAAGAGUCGAUGAAAUAUUUGUAUUGACUAAUGGUGAAAUUAGAGAAAAAGGAUCUUACAGGCUACUACUAGCUCAAAAAGGAACAUUUGCAGAAUUCCUCAUAGAAUAUUUACAAGAGCAUGAAGAAGAUGAGGAUAUAACCGAAAUUAAAGUACAAUUAGAGAAUGAAGAAGGACAAUAUAUCAUGCGAAAAUCAUUCUCAAAAAGCUCAGACCAUGUGCUUAAACGUCAGGGAAGUAAGUUGUCAAACAAAGAGGACACUAAACCCGAAUCUAAAAUUAAUGAAACUACAGAAGAUGUUGAUAAAUUAAUUGAAUCUGAAGAAGCAGCUGUUGGAGAUGUUGCAUUUAGUGUUUAUAUUCGUUACUUUAAAAGCGUUGGUGGCGGAUUAGUGCUUUUAAUUUUAUUUGUCGCCAUGUGCAGCGAGACAUCAUCUGUUCUAGCAAACUUGCUGAUUGUACAAUGGGCUGAGGAUGAGAGAGCUGGAACUGAAACAUUUUGGAGAAAUUUCUAUGUUGGAAUCUACGGAGCAUUUGGAUUUCUACUUGGACUUUCAUUUUUAACUGCUGCCAUUUCAUUUGCCUUCGGUGCUAUUCGUGCAGCUCGAAAUCUUCACAACCGAUUACUUGCCAAUAUUUUGAGACUUCCAAUGGCAUUUUUUGAUACGACACCUUUAGGUCGUAUAGUCAAUAGAUUCAGCAGAGAUACAGAUAUGAUUGAUUCAUAUAUACCAGCCAUGAUGUUUUCAUUCUGCAAUAUGUUCUUCUCAGUUGCUGGAACGAUUGCAUUGAUUACUUAUGCUACUCCAUGGUUUGCGACUGUUAUCAUUCCAUUGGCAUUAAUUUAUUAUUUCAUCCAAAAAUUCUACAUCAAGACUUCAAGGCAAAUCAAGAGAAUCGAGUCUGUUACGAGAUCACCAAUUUAUUCACAUUUUGGAGAGAGUGUUGGUGGACAGUCCGUGAUAAGAGCUUUUAAAGAACAAGAAAGAUUCAAGAAAGAAUCAGAGGAGAAAGUCGAUAAAAAUUUGUCAAUUUUGUAUCAGACCAAUGUUGCAGAUUGCUGGCUUGGAGUUCGUCUAGAGACAAUUGGUGCAUGUAUUGUGAUGUUUGCCUGUUUAUUUGCUAUUUUAGCAAGAGACACUAUUGGUGAAGCAAUGGUUGGACUAUCAAUUUCGUAUGCUAUUCAAAUUGCGGCUGUAUUGAGCUAUUUUGUGAUGAUUGCCACUGAGGUGGAAACAAACAUCAUUGCAGUGGAGAGAGUUGAAGAAUAUGCAGAGCUACCUCAAGAAGCUCCAUUAAAAACAAUUGACGUUGACGCAAAUUGGCCAUAUGAAGGUAUAAUCGAAUUCAAAGAUUUUCAAGUUCGUUAUCGUGAAGGUCUUGAAUUAGUAUUGAAAGGCAUCUCAUUCAAGUGCAACAGUCAAGAGAAAAUUGGCAUUGUUGGUCGAACAGGUGCUGGAAAAUCGAGCUUGACUUUAUCGCUAUUCCGAAUCAUUGAAGCAUCAGGUGGAAAAAUUGUUAUAGAUGGAAUUGACAUUUCCACAAUUGGAUUACAUUGUUUAAGAUCAAAAUUGACUAUCAUUCCACAAGAUCCAGUGCUUUUUAGUGGUUCAUUGAGAAUGAACAUCGAUCCAUUUAAUUCAUAUUCAGAUGAUGCUGUAUGGACAGCACUUGAACAUUCCCAUUUAAAAACUUUUGCUUCACAAUUGACAGACGGAUUGAACUAUAAAGUGUCUGAAGGUGGCGAUAAUCUUUCAGUUGGGCAACGUCAAUUAAUUUGUCUAGCUCGUGCACUUCUCCGUAAGACAAGAGUUUUAAUACUUGAUGAGGCAACAGCUGCAAUUGAUAUCGAGACAGAUGAAUUGAUACAAAACACAAUCCGAACGGAAUUUAAAGACUGUACAAUACUAACAAUUGCACACCGUUUGAAUACAAUCAUGGAUUCAGAUAGAAUAAUUGUAUUAGACCAAGGAAAGAUUGUAGAAUUUGACAGUCCAAAUGUUCUUUUAAGUGAUAAGGAUUCAAUUUUCUAUAGCAUGGCAAAAAGCGCAGGUAUAGCUAAUGGAGAAGACACAAAAGUAAUAAAGGAAUGAAUCCUCGUGACUGUAAUUAACAAUUG